UACGGUCGUAUGCUGAAAUUAUUAUACUAAAAAAAAAUAAAAAAAAUCCAUCUUCAAUAGUGUGUAUGUCGAAUUCGCUGCGUUAUGAUCGUUAAUAUGCCCGCAACUCCUAGUGGUCACUCGCCAAAUCCUUUUCCGGCAACUUCCGCGACCACAAACUGCCACGACGGCAGCUCACCGACGCAUUGUGAAUACAAUUUUCUAAAACGAAAAUUUGACGGCGAGUGUGACUUAAGUGACUGCAACGCCAACGUCGGUGUCUCGGAAAGCAGCAACGCCGAGUAUCAAAACUCCACGGCCUGCACAACGCCGGCCUGGAAGAAGCGUCACCUGCAAGAAACCACCAGUGAUACAACCGAUCCAAAUGUCUGUUACAAUAACAACGCCACCAACAACUACAAUAUCUACAGCCAGCACACACACAACGAGACACAACUGCUAAUAGGUGCCAUACAAACCGAUGAAAAUGUACAGAAUGAGAUAUGUGUCAGCACAAGUGCCAGCAAUGCCACCAACAAUAACUGUACUACAAUUAACAACAACAAUAAUAAUGAUAAAACUAAUAACAAUAAUAAUAACAACAACAGCAAUAUGACAUUUAACCUGAUAAGCGGCAGCAGUUCCUUCAUCAACGAUCUCUUCGCCUACGAUGCCAAUCUGAUUGUGCCAGUUACCGCUAGUCUGGUGAGUCAGCCCACCAACGACAGCGCUGACUCCACAUUGCCGACCUUUGUAACACCAUCCAAUGUCUGUGUAAAUACCAACUAUGAUGACGGCAGCAAUUGGCAAGCCACCGAUCUGCUAGAGCUCGAUCAUCGUUAUAAUUCUGGUUUGCAAACCGAAAUCGCACACCUACAUCCGACAGUCGCCUUGAAAGCGGCCGAGGAGAACACACUCAGCGUUGUACAGCAAAGUCAAAAGCACCCCCAUCCGCUACAGCAACAACAGCAAAUGGAGGCAUCCAAUCAAACACAGUUUCUAAUUCCUGAGAAACAAGUGUCAAGUCCAAACGGCAAUACGGGUCUUAGCAGAUAUCGUCCGUUAUCUACCGGCAGCCAACUCUUACAAAUGCAACCUUGUCAACAAUCUACACUUGCACAAUCAAAUACACUAACAGAUACAGAGGCUGACUUUGAAGACCGAAAUCUCUCGUGGUUAUUAAAUUUUAAAUUCGACGAAUUUCCUCAUCUUUCCCCAGAUUUGGGUGGCAAUAGCAAUAAUAAUUCGCACACGAACACUUUAAAUAAUGGUUUACAUAACCGGAAUUCCUGUUCGCCUACAUCCUCGCACAAAUCGAAUUCCUGCUCUCCACAAUCCUCAACUCCACACUCAGGUACUCAACAAAAUGUUAGCGACUACAUGCGUUCACCGAAGGGCACUACGAAGGCGGGAAAAAAAUUCGAGGAGCUUGUUAUGGAAGUCACCGCCGAGGUGGAUGGCAAUGAUAUUAUGGUCGCUGAGAAUGUUAUAAUUGAGAACUCGCCACAGAGAACGCCAAAGAAACCACCAUUCACGUAUACGGAGCUCAUUGAAUACGCCCUCGAGGAUAAGGGUGAACUAACGGUUUCUGGAAUAUAUCAAUGGAUAUCUGAUCGGUUCCCAUACUAUAAAUCGAACGAUGAUCGUUGGAAGAACUCAGUACGACAUAACCUCUCCAUUAAUCCACAUUUCCGCAAAGGGCUCAAGGCGCCGCAGGGAGCCGGACACUUAUGGACAAUAUCAAGUGGAGACUCAGCAGAGAAUGUGCUGGCAUGGGAACACAAGAAGCAACGUCUGGAUUUGUUCUUCAAAAUGGAGUCGAUGAAUCGUGAACGCCUGCAGCAGCACCAACAACAAAUGCAGCAGCGUCAGAGCUGCACUUCGCCGCAUCCAGAUUGCCAACAACACCAACAAGGAAAGCAGCAGCAACAACAACAGGCAUGCGUCUACGAUGAGGCAGCUACCGCCGCGGCCACAAUAGCACGAGAAAUGCUGAGCAACAGCUGCGACGAAGGCUGUGCGCGUAAUUCCAAUAACUCCAGCGACAGCAACAAUCAGAGGCUGGAGAGCAAUCACUUGGUGCACGAGUUGCCAUUUAACGACCUGAUGAGCGAUGAGGAGCUGCGCAAGACAGCCGGUCAAAUUUUAAAUGGUAUUCACCGCGAAGUGGAGGUACAAUCGGUGAACUCUAUCAUCAGUACCUACCACGAUGUGUUGCUGGAUAAUGAAGAUUACCUUAAUCCCAUACACAAGGAUGUUGCCGUGCACGAAAGUGGCCUGCGCAGCACGAACGCCACACACCUGGCAUCCAGCUCGUACAUACAUUCGCACAACACAGCGAACUCCCAGUAUUAUGUCACCGAAAUCGAUCCACUGGAAUUGGGCAUACAAAUGUCACACCAAGUGGGUGCCGAAGAGGUUCUCUUCAACGAUGAGUUCAAUUUGAAUUACUUUGGCUAUAACGGCGCCAACGAUAUUGCUGCCUGACCGCCAGCGACAACCAGACCUGAUGGAGCUUCAAAUUGCGCAGUGCCGCUCAUCAGUGUGACCGCGGUGGCCGGACCUGUAAGUACGAUUGCGGCUUUAGAAGCAGGCACACCCACACAACUGCUGGGUGCGAGGCCGGUUGAACGAGCUUACGGUCAACAAAAGCAAUAAUCGGUGUAGCCGUGUAUUAGUAAGAUUAAUAGCACAUAGUAUUAUAUAUGUAUGUGUAUGUCAAAGAGGUCUAACAAUCAUUUCUAGUCAUUAAAUGUGGGCGAUAUUAAUCUGUUGGAUAGAUACUAAGCUCACAAUUUACCAAAGAUAUACAUAUCUAGCAGUUUAUUAGAACAUUAUCACGUAUAUGUAUUAGGCGAAAUCGGUUAGUAGUUAAGUAUAUAUUUAUUUGUAUUAGGGUUCUUUUGUGUGUAUGUUUGUAAACAAACUCGAAGUGACCAGACCGUAGUUAAUGUUGGCUGCGGCCUAGUUCAUUCGUCUUCAAAAAUAUGUAGACGAGCCUUCUCGAUUGUAAUCCAGCAAUGUCAGGUUUCGCAAUUAUAAUACUCGAAAGUUUUUCGAACUAAAUUAAAAAUUUUCUACUUCCGAAGUAUUAAACCCGAAAAUGAUAUUAUCAGAGAGUACACAUACAGGGUUUGUCCGGAGAGUAAUAGGACUGAGUCGAUUAAAAAAACCAAUCGUUACAAUUCUUUAAAAACUUUCAAAAUAUGGUAGGCUCCUUCUGCGUCGAUGCAGCUCUGCGCGUUUUCGAAGCAUUAAAAGCGUCACGGAAGGCAUUCUCCGGAAUAGCCUUGAGAGCCGAGGUGCGUACUGCUUGGAUCCCCUUUCAUUGACCUUUUCAGGCAAAGAAAAAAAGUCGGACCGGCGUUACCGUGGUGUAACUUCCAAUCGCCUGCGAUGUCUUAUCGGAUCCGACUGACUCUUCGUUUGAGUCUCUUGAGGACUUCCACGUAAAACUUGGCGUUGACAGUU